AUGAACAAUGGAUACAUUUUAGAUCCUAGAAUUAUAACUCUGGUAGAAGGUUUUCCAUUAGUUUCGCGUUUAGAAUGGGCUCCGUUUGAAAAUUUUACAAAUGUAAAGUAUAUUGGGAAGGGUCGUUUUAGUGAAAUCUACAAAGCGACUUGGGAAAGUCGUCAAAAAGAAGUCGCUUUAAAAAUUCUAAAUAAUUCUCAAGAUGAUGAAAAAUUUUUAAGAGAGUCCUACGUUAUACUCCUGACAACUAUUACCCUAUUGCCCGGAGAGUAG